AGACCUAGGCAAUUCAAACUUGGUUGGUCAACUUGUGCCUGAUCUUGGAAAACUGGAACAUUUGCAGUAUUUAGAAUUGUACAAAAAUGAUAUUCAAGGAACCAUCCCUGCAGAACUUGGCAACUUAAAGAAUUUGAUAAGCUUGGACUUGUACAACAACAACAUAUCAGGGUCUAUUCCUCCAGCCUUGGGCAAAAUCAAGUCUCUAGUAUUCUUGCGGCUUAAUAACAACAAGCUUAGUGGGAGAAUCCCAAGGGAGCUGGCUGAAGUUUCUGGCCUCAAAGUUGUAGAUGUCUCCAACAAUAAUCUUUGUGGCACCAUUCCCACUACUGGUUCAUUCGAACACAUCCCGUUAAACAAUUUUGAGAACAAUCCUCGUUUGGAAGGGCCAGAGCUACUUGGUCUUGCAUCCUAUGAUACAAACUGCUAAGAGCCUAACAAGACUCAAAACUUUGGAAAAGGUACAUUUUAUACUACAAAAUCUAAGCUUAAAAUAUAAACUUAUGAGCAGUGGAAGAACCGUAUUGCCUUUAUGUUGUAUGUAUGUAGAUAGUGGGCUUGUCCUGCCAUGUAACGAUUUCCUGAAGAAAACAAGCUAAGUAGUUAGUUAAGAACCUUGUUGUAUUAAACCUGGUGUUUCAGAGAACAUUAAGAUUACCAAUAGUUCAUAAUUUUUUUUAAGA